UCACGACGCGCGUAGGCACGGACGCCCUCUGGUGCUGCCUCUGAACUCACUCACAGCCUCGCAUCUUCCUUCCCUUCGUCUCUUUUUGUUGACUCGCACCCAAGAUGCUCAGCUCGCUUGCCGUCACCAUCAUCGUCGCCACUUGCAUCAACGCUCAGAUCCAUUCACAAUGCUACACCUACUACGCAUCCCAAGGCUCUCUGCCCGCCUCUUACAACACAACGGCAGUGGGCUACCUUCCUGAGCCUAGCGGUCCCGGUGCUUGUGGUACCUACAAGUCGUCAGACGUUGCUGCUUGCCUCUGGUCAGGUAGCGCUGCAGGUGCUACUACCGGUGGUUGGAUCAACCCUGCCGCUGCUUCCAACUGUGGCAAGAGCGUCAUCAUCACGGCCAAUGGCAAGACUGCUCAGGGACAUGUUGCAGAUGGAUGUCACUUUGGCACCGCUGAAGCCUCAUCCGGCUGUCCUCGCAUCCUCUUGACCCUCGGAGCUUUCGAUGCUCUCGCAACGACUCAGGACGUCGCCAAUGGCAAUGUCGGCUCGCUCACGUGGUCUUUCGCGAACGAACCCAUGUGAUCCAAUCCUGCCGAGACGCUACAACGCUCGACUUAGCCGUUGUACGGACAUCUGGGUGCAUUCGUCUGAUGGCAAGUGACGUAGGUCGAAUCGGCGCAGACGACCGACGUGCCGGUAUGGUCGCGCGUGAUGCCACUGCCGAUCUGAUUGAGCGCAUUCAAUCAACGACCUCUCUGUACACGCACUUGCUACACAUCAGGUUGGUCGUCGAGCAGGCUGUCCACUGUGACAGGAUGUUGCAGUCCUUACUACCCAUGAUCUGGUACCA